UCUGUGUUGCACAUUCAUUGGUAUCUUAAAUUAUUUUCUUACGUUUUUUCCCGAUGGCCUUCCAUAAUGACAGUGCGCCUCUAUUGGCUCUUGUCACCGCUUACGUCACGAUCAUGAUUAGAAUUGAUGAUCGAUUUGAUUUCAUUGUCUAGCCAGGGGAUUGGUAAAGAAAUCAUCUGAAUCCGAGAGGCCUUUGAUUUCUCUGCCACAAGAUUUACGCACAGCAGUGAAUAAGUAGCCCACCCGGUUGUGGUUUUUUGAGGUCUCCCACCACAUCCACCAGAGAAAUGGAAAAAUGCAUGGAGAAGAGGAGUAUUCACACUAUGAAUUUGCGAUCAGUGUUUACUGCUGAGCAACAGCGGAUCCUGGAACGUUACUAUGAAAAUGGCAUGACCAAUCAGAGCAAGAGUUGCUUUCAGCUCAUUCUGCAGUGUGCUCAAGAUACCAAACUUGACUUCAGCGUGGUUAGGACAUGGGUUGGAAACAAGAGACGGAAGCUGGCUUCCCAAGCAGAUGGAGUUGCUGGUCAAAGUCUUUUUAGCCAUCAUUCUCUGCCUGAAGCAGUAUGUGUGACUGGAUCAGUGUCAACAGGAGAAAUGGCAGCCACACAGAGCAAUCAUCAGAGCCUGUCAAUGUCCCAGUUUGUUCCUUCACAAGCUUCAUGUUCCUCAGCUUCCUCUUCUCCAUUGUCUUUCUCCCCGCUCAGUACUGGAAGUGGAUAUCAAGCUGACAUCAUUUUGACAGGUAUUUCCUCCUUGACUCGAAACGCUAACCAGCUUGAUGCUUCCGCUCCCAACAGGACUGGGAUGCAAGCGUUGCCCUUACAAACUGAAAUCAAUCUGCCUCCUCACAGUUGUACAACUGUGCACACAGACCACACUGUACAUCUAGUUACCAGUGCAGCUAUGAAGAGGAAAACCCCUAUCACCCCCAGCUCCAGCAACCUUAAAUGUAACCAAAUAUUAAAACAGUUCACCACUACAGACAGAAUUUCUCGCAACUUGGCCAAGCAACAAAGCAUAUUGCCGUCUUCAACAUGGGCUCACUCAUUUCCUAGCAAAACUACCAUAGACAACAGCACUCAGAUUCAGAAAUGUUUCUCCCUGGAGGGAUCAGGGGAGGCUUUACAGCUGCCUCUCACAAAGACCAGCCCAGACAAAGAACGAAUCAGAGAACGAAUGGUUGACAUGUCAGAGAUAUUCUCGAUUGCGAUGGAAACAGGCGAUGCUGAUGAUGAGUAUUUAAGAGAAGAAGAACUGGCAAAUAUGGGCGCACAAAUGCAGUUUAGUAAAGGCAGCAGUUGCAACGUCUCCUUGGUGCGUGGUGGGUGUAGCUCCAUUUCAUGUGGGUCUUCCUUGAUUGAUAGCCCAAGAUUGUCAGAAAGGUGCCAAUCACCCACUAUUGUUAAGGCAUCAACAUGUGCUCAUUUUGGAGAGAAAGGAUGUCAAAUUAACAGUUCAUCGAUUGAUACAUCCCCCCCCAGUAACUUUCCAUUAAGACUACUCUCACCGCCAUCUUCCAGAAUAUCCAGUUUUAAGGUAUCAAGUAAUAUGUCUACUCCCUGGCUUUAUAGCAACUCCCGGAAAAGAACACUGCAGGACAGGACACAGUUUAGUGACAGAGAUUUGUACGCACUAAAGAUGUACUGGGACAAUGGAAUGACUAGCCUGGGCCUUGUGUGCAAAGAAAAGAUCUCGGCCGCAGCGAAUGAACUCAGUGUGGACACUGAAAUUGUUAAGACGUGGAUUGGUAACCGCAGAAGAAAGUACCGUUUGAUGGGCAUUGAAAUUCCGCCACCUAAAGGUGGGCCAGCUGUGUUCUCCAAUCAAGCUGAAGCCUAUUCUCCUCAAACCCUUGAAGAUGAACUUGGGAUCCCUGAACUAGCAGAUGGCAGAGUGUCACUAUGUUUGUCUGACGGUGGAAGGAUUUUUCAUGCUAUUGAUGGUGCCAGUGAUUUCUAUCAUCUAAAUGAGGGAACAGACAGGUCCAGUCCUGAUAAAAAUGUGAAGAUUGAAAUCAUCGAAGAAGAGAAUGAUGGUGACAUGUUGACCACAGAGAUGGAACAAAUGCAAAACUUCUUAGAGUUCAAGAAUGAAGAAGUGCAGUUUCUUGAGGAUGAGCUGCAGAAGCAAAAGCAGAAGUUCUCCCAGCUAGAAAGCUUUACUAGAAGUCUGCUGAUAGCUGUGAAAAACAAUGACCAAGAGAAACAGCAGGAGCUGCUUCAUGAGGUACAUGAGGAUUUGGGCAUGGAUAACCACAGAGAGCAUUACACAGAGGCGAUUUCCAUCCAAAGGGUGUCUUUGAAUUUUGAUAAGAAUGACACAAGGCCAUUGAAACUUUAAACAGUGUUACUCCCUCCGGUCAUUUUCUAACCCCCUCAGAAAACACACAGUGCCUGUGGAAACUUCUCAAUAACACUGUUUGCAUAUUUGGUUUGCUUGGUCUGAACCAGUUUUCCAAUCCACACCACAAUUCAUCAACUAAUUGCCACUGUAACAAAGUAAGGACUCAGGAUGCCAGUGGAUUGUGUUCAUACCAAUGAAGUUGAAUGAAGUUAACUUGGGUGGAGUUUUUUAGUAUGUAUUCAUGUCUAAAAACUGCAUUCAUUCCAACCAAAUGAAUGAAACUCUAAUUAUAAACAGGCUUGAAUCCACUCUCUAAGCUCAAAUGGGAAAGCAUCUUACAGUUAGAUUUUUUACAGCAUUUGACACUGCCUUUUUGGCUGUGUUCAGUGUAAUAAAAUAAAUGGCACUAGGUCAACACUGAGUGGUCUUUGUUUUUGUGACAACUGAGACAAAAAAAACAUUCAGAACUCAAGACUAAUUGUUUUACUAUUGUCCAGUCUGUUGCUAGAGGUGUAAAAAGUACUCAAA